UUUAACCUGCAAGCCUGGGCGCGCCGGUUCAAGGGUUCAGUUUCAACGGAUAACUUGCGGCGGUUUCGCGUGUUUUGCCGUGUCUGUGCGCCUCCGAACGAUUCCGGUGCUUAUGCGCUGGAUGUAAAGUCCAGUCCCGCGAAGUGUGUGUGUGUGUGUGAAGUGUAGUUAAUAAUCCGUUCCGAAAAAAAAGGAUCAUCAAAUUGCCCACCAUGGUUCAGGUGUGCAGCUUUACAGUAUUAUUGGCCCUGGUAGCUUACGGUGGCUUUGCCAGUGGUCAGCAGCAAGAGCGCGUCUGUGCCACCGCACGCUACACCGCCGAAUGUGAGCAACUGCAGCGCGGAGCGUCCGAGGUGGUGUGCGUCCACGUCCAGGACAGUGUCGAGUGUGCCCAGCGCAUUCGCAACGGAACGGCCGACUUUGGUGUGUUCAGUGCGGAAAGUGUGCUACUUACCGCCACCCUCAGCUGGGAAGGGCUCAACGUCCUGAAGGAGCUGCGCAGUGCCGAACGUACGCGUGAAUCGAUCGACUUCCAGGCGGCCGUUGUGGUGCGCAGUACCCACCGCGGAGGAGUGGAUGGGUUGCGCGGACUGCGCUACUGCCAUCCGGGAUUUCAUUACAGCCGUACGCACCGCUGGACGGAGCGAGUGCUGAAAGACUUUGAGCGGCUCGUUGCACCGGUCUCCUGCGAAGGCUUCCGCACCGUGACCGAGAUUGAGGCGGCUGCUGCGUCCAACUUUUUCGGCGAGUCCUGCCGGCCCGGUGUGUGGUCGCAGAUACCGAAGGAGGAUUCCGAUUUAAAAGAAAAAUACUCGAAUCUCUGCGCGCUCUGCCCGAACGCUUCCUCCUGCUCGUACGAUGGCUUCGACAACGGGCAUCAGUCGGCGCUCCAGUGUCUGGAACGCAACGGCGACGUGGUUUACGCAUCCGUGCUCGAAAUCCAGAACUUCUUCAUGGAACGAAGCUCGAUCGCGAACGAUUUCUCGUACCUCUGCAAGGAUGGCACACUGCAACCGGUCACCGGACCCGCCUGCCCGUGGAUCGUACGACCAUGGGGAACGAUAAUGGCGUCGUCGGCGAAAGCGGUCCAGAUUGCGGCCCGGCUAGAUGUGUGGCUGCGCAAUUCGCUCACCUCGGGCGCACCUUGGGAGACGGCCAUUAUCGACAUCCUGACGCGACACAACACGGACAAGAUUGCUGCCACCGCGUCGAUUCAGUCCCCGAGCGCGUACUACCUUUCGUUCGGCCCGAAUGCCGCGAUACCGGCCGUGUUCGAUUUCUGCCAAUCGACGGCACGCUGGUGCACGACGUCGCUGGAGGAGCAGGACAAGUGUGACGUACUGUCGAAGGCGGGCAUCACUACCGGAGUGUAUCCGGUGCUCCAGUGCAACCAGCCCACGACGAGCCGCAUCAGCUGUUUGCGGGAAAUUUCGGCCGACCGGGCCGAUUUUGCCGGUAUCGAUUCCAACUACGGCUAUCUGGCGCGUCAGUCGAACCUGGCCGCGGCACUGUACCAGGAGACGGAGAAGGAGAAGUACUCGUCCGUGGUGGUGCUGGUGCACGAGGGCAAGGGACACGAUCGGUUCGAGAAGUUGCGCAACGCGAAGGCUUGCUUCCCGGAGUUUGGAGGAAUUGCUUCCAUUGCCUUCGUGAACGUUGGACGAUCGCGUGGAAUUUUCGAUCGUAACGAGUGUGACUACGGCCAUCUGAUGAGCGAGUUCUUCUCGGAGUCGUGCGCUCCAGGAUCCCGGGAUGACAUGCACGACCCGUCAGGAGAAAAUUCGGAAAACCUUUGCGCUUUGUGUCGCUACGGGGAUAAGCCCACACCGCGCGAGCUUGGCACUGAUGACGACGGUCUCAGCACGGACGAACCGAUCGACGAUGCCGUCGAGGAUGCACCGGUCGAUGGAGUUGAUCCCGCGCUCCGAAUUGACGACAAUGUCGGUGUCACUGUCGACCGGAACUUGCUGUGCGCUGCCUCGGACGCGAACCGUUACUACGGAACGCGCGGUGCACUGCGCUGCCUACAGGAAGCGGGCGAGGUGGCAAUCGUGGAAGCGCAAAAUCUGGCCGAACACGCCCAAUUCCUUGCGAUGAACGAGAGCGACUAUCGCGUACUGUGCCGCAACAGUUCGCUGGCCGCCUACACCGGUUUCAACGUCGACGAGGAAUGCUUCCUGACCACGAUCGUGGACGGUGAGGUCGUGGUGCGCCGUGCGUGGGAAAAGUCGGACAACAUCGUGCACCUGCUCAGCUCGCUCGAUGUGUACCUGCAGAACGAUCCCGACUUCCGGAUGUACAACAUUUUCGCCGGCCAGCGCAACCUGCUGUUCGAGGACUCGGCGCUCGGGCUGGUGUCGCCGCAGCACAACGAGCUGGGUACGUCGGUGAAAAACUACAUCCGGCUGUUCGAAAACAUUGAGGACUGCCAGAAUGCGGCACCAUCGACCACGAUCGCACCGGGCGGUACGGGUGGUCGGGCCGCCAUCCUUACGGUCAACUUUCUGCUGACCAUCCUGCUCGCCGGCAUCAUCGCGUGGAGAUUGUAAUCACUUCCAUCUAGGUACUAGCAACGUGCUCGCCGCCCGACUAUGCAGUGUUUCGUUCCGGUCGCGCAACUUAACACAUUUGUAUCGUUCUUUUCGAAAAACAAGCGCACACUGUUCACGGCAUUCCAUUAUGGCGAUACAACGUGUAACGUAACCGGAGGCGUGGCGCCCCGGGACUCAACCCCGCAACGCAAAGUUCAUUAGUGUAGUAGUCACAACGACACCAAAAUACUAAUAAAGAGAAAAACUGGAAUCAA